AAUGAAUAUCUUUGGUGGUUAUAAUCAGUUAUAAUAGAAAUUCAUUAAAUGAUUUACUAUUUUAGUAGUCCAAAUAUUAGAAAUUCCUACCUUGCCAAUCGUACAUAAUAAUUCUUCCCGCUUUCAGUGAUCAUCAGUGAUCGUGCUGUCGUCACAUGUGACUUAAAGUGUGAAUCUUGUAGUGUAUUAAUUGAAUAUAAUCAGAAACCGGGUGUGAAGACGAAAAGGCGCGCACUAUGGAUGAAACCGACAACGCUCAAAUUAUUGGUAUUCCAGAUGAUUUAUGUAGGAAAGCAGGCAUUGCUGCUACCUGGAUUGGAUCUAAUAAAAUUGGGGUGCAUGCAUACAAGCAUGUAAGCGUAAGAAAACAUUGUGAAGAUCUCUGUAAGGACUUGGCACCAUUUGAGGCAAAAGUACAUUCUUUGAGGCCUGAGGUUAUUUUGUUCUCUGCACCACUACGCAAACUUGUAAAUGAGAGCAAUGGUGUCUUUUUAUCAAUUCAAAAGAUGAAACCAUCUGCAAGUAGUGAUACUAGGCCCGAACUUCUGAAACACAGUAAACAAUACCGUUCUAUUCUACGUGCCUGCAUAGAAAACAUUCAGGAUGUAUUAGAAAAGUCUACCCCAGACUAUAGAUCCACAUUGGAACAAUAUCUAACAAUAUUUUAUAAUGUGGAAUGUGUCUGGCAUCUAACUGAGAUUCUUUAUAUAGAUGCUAUACCAGGUGAAGUUGUAUUACCCCAGUUACUUGAAUGGGUACGUUUCCAUUUUCCUAAACGUGAAUUAAUGGCUGCAAAAGUUCUGACUAAGAAAAACAUUGCCUCUGAACUGGGCAAUAUAAAUUAUUGGGAAGCAAUUAUUGGCUGUGCUCUACAUGGCAAAUUGGAAGUAGUACGCGCUCUAUUAUCAUUACACAGUAAAGCGGAUCAUCCUGCUUUUUUAGCUGCUGAGAAUGCUCUGAGAACAAUGCCAAUUUACAAUGUUUAUGGUGGUUAUUCAAUCAAUGAAUUUAUGAUUCGUUGGAAGCAUUGGCAGUUAGAUCUGCUAUCGAGGUUGGAAAGCAAGACAUUUAUUAGUGAGCCAAAUUUGGAAGAUAUUAUGAAACUUGUGGCAGGUGACGAUACUGCUCUUUGGGAUUUUUCAGAAUACACAGAUGCCUGGUACGAACUUCUAGCGGCCAAACUUUUUUACUCGGUUCCAUGUUGCAAACAAUCCGAACUGUCGCGUCACGCUAACAACAUUGCUGCUAAAUGGCAAGCUAGUAAACAUCAGGAUAAUGUUAUUCUUUCAUUAAUGGACAGCGAAUUACAUCAUGUUAUUAAAGAAAUUCAAUACAUGAAUGACAAUGGAUGGUUUGCUGCCCAUUUAACAGAUUUACUUUAUCAUUGUGGAAAGCUUAAGGUCAUUCACAAGCAUCAAAUCAAUGUUACGGAUCAGUUGCAUGAAGCUCUUCUUUUGGAUUAUGGUACCACAUUGAUGAGUCAUCAUUCUCUUUGGCAAGUUGGCGCUAGUUACUUAGAACAUUGUUCUGAACAAGGUCUGGCUAGAUUAGAAACAUUAUUGCAAACUUUGUCAUCGGGCAGCGAAGCUAAAAUAAAUAAAAUUAUAGACAUAGCAAGGGAAAACAAUUUACAUAACGUUGUUAAUAGUAUCUGCAAGAUCCAGGGUAUGAAAUGUAUACGUCAAGACAGGCUUGGUAAUGCACUGACCUGGGCUUUAAAAGCUCAGGAUGGCGCUUUUGCUACCUACAUUGCUGAUCAAUUCUUGAAACACUAUGCUGAAAAGGGUGAAGUCAUGUGCCUAGAUUUGCUUGAAAAUCUAGGGAACUGUAUGCUUGUUAGCGACCGACUAACAUUUUUAGGAAAGUAUUGCGAAUUCCAUCAAACAUACGGCAUUGGUGAAUUCAAGGGUGCAGCAAGUUUACUAGUAUCGCUCCUAGUAUCAAACCUAACUCCAGACUAUUUUUGGUCUACAUUACUUUGGGAUGCAGUACCACUUCUUGAAGCUGAGGAUGUAAUACUCUCUUCCGAGGACACAUUCGAACUGAUGCGCAGCGUUGAAGAGCACGGCGAUGAUCCUAAGUUUCAGGAUAAAAUUGAAAUAUUCCGUUUAGCAGCAGCGCGAAAUCUGGCGCGCGCGCUUAACCUUGAAGGUUGUCAAGGCAAACAUUGAACAAUUAUUAACAAUAAUAAAUCAUCCUCAUUGUUAAUAAUAACAGGAAUCAUUAUUCUCAUUGGCACGUGAACAAAUCGACACUGCCUUUAAGGAAUUAAGAUUUUAUUAAAAAACAAUCCAUUUUGUAACAAAACAGCUACGUAAAUACAAACAAAAAUUCACUUCUCCAUGGUAA